AGGUUGUGAUAAAUCGUCUGCCGGUGGUGUUAUCCAGUGAUUCCCAGCUGCCGGAACCAGAACCAGAACCAGGCCCGGACAGAUAUGCGUUUUGCGACACCGGCGGCGGGGCUUCAUGAUGCGCGUGUGGAGGAGCUAUAACAAUGCUCAGCAGCCUAAAGCCAACCAACUCAACGAUGACUUUUUUUCUACUUAAUGGAUCUGAUCUGUACAGCUUGAGAGCCGAACAUGGGGCAGCGUGAAUUUAACCAAAACACAGCUAGCAUUAACGCUAGCUAACAGCAGAAUUUAACUUUCCGUUGCUAGCUAACUAGCUAGCUGACGUUAACCUGCGCAAAAGAAUCGGUAUGGUGGACUUGGGAUUCUUUGAAUGAAGGGGAUUCGUUACAUUACACCGCCUUGUAUUUGUCAGUUUGCCUGUUAUCGCUUUAAAAGUACUACUAAAAUGUUUCCAAAGGGAGUUUAGCGGUCGAGCUAACCCAUUAGCUACUGUGUUAGCCGGUGUGCUUCCUCUGUCGCCCCAAUGAAGGAAUACAAAGUUGUCGUGCUGGGAAGCGGCGGCGUUGGUAAGUCCGCGCUCACCGUUCAGUUUGUCACUGGCACUUUCAUCGAGAAAUACGACCCAACCAUCGAGGACUUUUACCGAAAAGAGAUCGAGGUGGACUCGUCGCCCUCUGUGCUCGAGAUCCUCGACACCGCGGGCACAGAACAGUUCGCUUCCAUGAGAGAUUUGUACAUAAAGAACGGGCAAGGCUUCAUCCUGGUGUACAGCCUGGUCAACCAGCAGUCAUUCCAGGACAUCAGACCAAUGAGAGACCAAAUAGUGCGAGUGAAGCGCUUCGAGAAGGUGCCAUUGAUCCUGGUUGGAAACAAAGUCGACCUGGAAUCUGAGCGUGAGGUCGCUGGAUCAGAUGGGCGUGCUCUGGCCCAAGAGUGGGGCUGUCCUUUCAUUGAAACCUCUGCGAAGAGCAAAACCAUGGUGGACGAGCUGUUUGCCGAAAUAGUCCGACAAAUGAAUUAUUCCACGUUGCCGGAAAAGCAGGAACAAUGCUGCACAGCCUGUGUGGUACAGUGAAGACAAGGAACCUCAUUUGUCAGGAUCACCACCAGGAUUUUGAUGAUUCAUGAACCUGGAGACGCAUUGACUUGAACCCUGCUGAUUGAACUUCCCAGGCUGGUUGUGUUUCUGCUAAAAUGAUGGUUUAAGACUUGUCUCUCACACAGCUUCUGACAUGAAAGAUGUCAGGCCUGUUUUUAAUAACUGUAAGAGAUGUUCUGCCACAACUUCAAUGGCCUUUGUGAUGAUCCAGGAUACAGCUGUACUUCAGCCAUACAAGAUGGACUGACUUACAUAGAGCUCGAAUGACCGUCAGUGAAUUUCAGAAUUUCACUGUUUUUCUUUUCCUUCAUUUAGCUGGAGGUAUUCAUGACACGCAAUGAGCAGGAGUAUUUAUGAGGCAGCAGUGUUUUCUUUUGUUUUUAAAGCUGUCUCAUAUCUUAUAUACUUUAUUAUAACUUUCAUUCUAUCUCAUGUUUGCAAUCUAAACAAGUAUUCACAACUCAGACACAUUUUUACUUUUAAGCAUGUGUAGUUCCAGGAGCUUAUGAACAGCCAGCGUGCUACCAAAUUUAUCCGCCGUUUCAUCAGAAAACCUUUUCUAACUCGCAUGAAGGAAACUUGUCACUUAAAACAAAAUAAAAACUUCUUUGGUCCAGGGCACACAUGCAAGAUAAACUAUAAUGGGGAUUAAAUGUCUUGUUUGACAUUGGCCAACUCUGGCUCUGUCACGGCUCCUGAAAUUAAAUGAUUGAUUAAUCUUUCUGCCACAUCCAUGUUCAUUGGGACAUGAGUUAUACAUCUGUGACUGCCUUUGCACAUGUGGAUUAGUUGUUCCGGUGCAACUUGUAUCAGUGAAGUGUCAUCAUCUCAUGUAGAUGUUUGAAUUCAAUCACAAUUGGGCACAGCUUGGUUUUAAAUGACACGUGGCAUUUGGUUAAAUGACAGUCCCCUCUGAAAUUAUUGGAAUGUCAAGGCCAAUUAAUUUGUUUUUGUUUUAAGAUCAGAAAUUUGACUGAGACUCAGCUUUUAGUUGCUGCCAUUUACAUCAGUUUGUGUGAAGCAACAUAGAACCUCUUGCAUGAGAAAACCCAUUUUUUGGGGGUG